AUGAAUGUAGGCUCUCGACCAGUAUCUCUGGUCGCCGACCGGCCUGGACUGAUGCAGCCUUCUCCAGCCUCACCGGCCAACCACCAGAUCUUCCCACCGCCACCCGCACGCCCACCGGUCUCCCGACGACAGUCGACCCAGGGUGGGAACAGGCCCACGACAAUCGCGUGCGCGGCUUGUCGGAAGAAGAAGGUCAAAUGCGACUCCCGGAGACCGUCCUGCUCACAAUGCCAGGAAGACGGCCAGGCGGUGUGCGAGUACGUGGGAUGGAAGAAGACGGGAUUGCCUCGAGGCUACGUGCGAAACCUGGAGGCUCAGAUACACGCCCUCCAAGCUGAAAAUGAUGAGCUUCGCAACCUCCACGGCAAGACGCAAGGCGGCGGCCAUCCUAUUUCCACCGCUCAAGCGACGACUCGAUACGAAUACUCUUCCGACGACAUCUUGCCGUCUGGGUUCCUGGACCAUACAUCGCCGUACGCGCCCUCGGAUCAUGACAUCUUGAUGCAGGACCCCUUCGAUAUCGCCAGACUCGCAAUAUCAGAACUUCUCAGCGCAGAGGAUCGAAGCAACCUCUGUACUCUUUACUUCACUCGAUGCCACCCAUUUGUGCCCAUCCUGUACAGGCCCGGCUUCCGCGUCGACAAGGACGCACACGUGUCUUUGUCCGUCUUCGCACUGGCCUCGCGCCACAGUCCCUCCCUAGCAUCCAAGUCCGAUAUCUUCUACAGCCUCGCCAAGCAGUCGACCCAGGCGACCUUUAUCAACCCGGACAUGAGCACCCUCACUGCGUUGAUCUUGCAAGCCAUCUACGAGAUUGGGAUGCCCAACUCCUCGGUGCACGCGUUGACGACGGUGGGGUCCGCCCUCUCCCUUGCGAGCGCCUUCAGGUUGCUGCGGAUGGAGGAGCAGGAGGAAGGUGAGAGCAGCAGGCCGAACCGGUGGAUGGACCGGCCGGUGGACUGGGUUGAGGAGGAAGGCCGACGGAGGGCGUUCCUGAUGGUGCUGAGUCUGAGCCGUUGGAUGGCGACGAUCCAGGAGCGCGAGAUGGGCUUUCCGGUCAAGAGGGAGAUCACCGUGAUGCUCCCCAUCAGUGAUGAGGUGUGGUUUGCCGACCCAGCUUCACGACCAGCCACGAGGCCGGUCACUGAGCCAAUUACCUCUCUCCUCCACGCGACUGAUGCAGGCCCAUUUGCCAGGUUUAUCCAGGCGCUCGGCCUGUUCGCCAAGGUCAGCGACUUCAACCAGACAUGUCGGAUGCGAAGCAGCAGCGAGAAUGGCGAGGAGUUGUCCAAGAUAGACAACCUCAUUCAAGCGUACCUAGGCUCGUUCCCCAACAGCUGGCGCAGUUGUUCUCGACUCGAAGGUGAAUACCUGCUUGACCCGACUACGCUGGCACUUGCCCACAGCGCCCUCCUCCUUCUUCACCAUCCCAUAGCCUGCAGAGAAGCGCACGGCUACUCCAAGUCCCGAUGUGUCGCCUCGGCGGAAGAGAUCCUCGACGUCGCGUACGUGAUCCAGGACGUGCCCCAUGCUGGGAACUAUCUCCUCCCUCACCCGCUGGUGCUGGCCGCGCGAGUCCGACUCUUGGAGCUGGUCCAGCGCAAAGGCCACUACCGAGGCCGAGACAUGGACCUGAUAGUCAAGGCGCUGCUCACGUUUGGGAAGUACUGGGGCAUGCAAGAAAAACUCACCGAACACGCGGGCAAGAUCGAAGCCAACACCGUGCCCUUCAGCGAACCUCUGACCCAUGUCAUCCCCGUCACGACCCAUCCCGUGUCAAGGCAGAAGACGGCGCAGUUCGUGCCCAGCGUUCCCCGUCGGUCCAUUGGAAGCGCCGGCUGGGGUAAUAUCUCGAGAGGGAUCGCUGCUACAGGCGACCAUCAGCACGGCAUCGCAGAAGGACAGAGUCCAGGCAAUAACAUUAUGGACGCGAGUCUGGGGAAUAACGCAGGCCCGUCACUGAGUACUCUCGACGCCGCGAUCUUUUCGAGCGACAUCUUCGACUGGGCCAUGGGACUUGGGUCGGAGCCGCUGGAUGCUCCAAACCUGUGA